UUAUAUCAUUCCUCAUUUAGUUUUAAAGUAUCUAGCUAUUUAUUCUCCAUUUGCUAAGAAUAAUUUGGAGCUAAACCAUAAAAAUGACACCUCUUUUGUGCUUGCUCGUAAUAGCCGAAAUAACUGUGAUCUUGGUCCUUUUGUUUAGGACACCUCUAAGGAGACUAGUAAUGUUUGUAUUGGAUCGUUUAAAGGAGGGCCGAGGUCCCAUAAUGUCAACGGUUGGAGUGACAUUGUUUGCGGUCUUGAUGUCGAGUUUGUAUAGUAUAGUGAGGAUUCAAAAACGCUCCAUGGAGACGGGAGGCAUUAAUCCAACUGACCAUGUUCUUUUGACCAAUCAUAUUCUCGACUCGUCUCUCAUGGGUUUCUGCCUAUUUCUCGGAUUGAUGAUAGAUAGACUUCAUUACUAUGUUAAAAGGUUCGAUGAUUCCGAAGAAAUUAAACCAUGGAACAAAACCAAGAAAACUUAUGAGACGGAGACUGAUUGAAUUAACCUUCGUGUAUAUAAAUAAUGUUUAUAUGGAUUAGAUUUCUAUUGAUAUUUAUAGUUUUAUGCAAUUACCAAAAUUUAAUAA